GAGAAGAUGGCGGUCUCCACAGGAGUUAAAGUUCCUCGUAAUUUUUGCUUAUUGGAAGAACUUGAAGAAGGACAAAAAGGAGUAGGCGAUGGCACGGUUAGCUGGGGCCUUGAAGAUGAUGAAGAUAUGACACUUACAAGGUGGACAGGCAUGAUUAUUGGGCCACCAAGGACAAAUUAUGAAAACAGAAUAUAUAGCCUAAAAGUAGAAUGUGGACCUAAAUAUCCAGAAGCUCCUCCAUCAGUUAGAUUUGUAACAAAAAUUAAUAUGAAUGGAAUAAACAAUUCCAGAGGAAUGGUGGAUGCACGGAGCAUACCAGUGUUAGCAAAGUGGCAAAAUUCCUAUAGCAUCAAAGUUGUACUUCAAGAGCUGAGACGUCUAAUGAUGUCCAAGGAGAAUAUGAAGCUUCCACAGCCACCCGAAGGACAAACAUACAACAAUUAAUUGUAGUGAAUCUCAGAUUUGUCUUACAUCAACAACCUUCUACUCAUAUUAAUGUCUUGAUUAAAUAUCACAAUGCAAAAUACCUACACAUUAAGUAAGAGAAUUCCAGCUGGUAAACAUGACCUGGACACUUGUAAGAAUAUAUUUAAUAUAUGUACACCCAUUAUAUUUUCAGGUUACAGGAGGAAAAAUGCAGCAGAAUUUUUCUUUCUCUUGUUAAGGCACUGUCACUUAAACAUGAACCUGGAGUACUCGAAUUAGAACCCAGGUUUUCAAGGUGAAAGUAUGGCGAGAAGAGUCAGAUGGCAGUGGAAAAUGAGUGUGCUUCUGAAACAAAAUCUCCAGAAGGAAAAACGGAGUGGCAUGCUUUAUCCAUCUUACUUAGUGAAAAAGCUGCAGUUGAAAUUGGUUAAAGUAGCAGGUACAGUGAAUAUUGUCACAAAUUGUGUUAAUUUUUGAAAUGGUGUGGGUGCUGACUACUAGUAGUAUCAAAUAUGUUCAGGAUUGUUUUGAUACCUGUAUUUAUAAUAAAAAGAUGUUGGGGGGGGGGUCGAUGAAUUUCUGUUAAAAGCUGUUCCUGUGUGUUACAUGUAACAGACAUGACAUAUUUGUUUACAGUCUUUGUUUAAUAAACCAUGCAUUUAUGUUUAAGUCAACAAAAAGGAAAUAAGUGUAUGGAUAUGUGAUUUUGAGAUUAAAGGUAGUCUUAAAAAUGUAAAUAAAAUGUGGAACUGU